UUUGUUUUGUGUUCGCGUUAAUUUGCCGAAUUUGAUCCAUUAGGAUAUAUAAAAAAGGGAUUUUGUUUGCGGUUUUGUUAUAAGAACAAAUUUGUUUAAAGUUUGUUCUUUUUAUGUUGGCAUUUAUAUUUAAAAAACGGAAAGUGAAUUCAGGAAGGAUCAACAAAACAAAGUAGACAAAAUGGCCGACGAAUUGGACAUCGAUGCUUUGCUUGAAGAUGCGUUCAAAAAAUCUGAAAGAAAUGGAGAAAGGUCAAAGAAAUCUGACAGAAAAACGGAUGAUAAAAAGAAAUCAUCAGACAGUAAAAAAUCAGAUGACAGGAAGCGAAAAUCAGAAGAAAGAGAUGGUCGUAGAAAGUCAAGAGAUCGUGGUAAUAAACGUAGAUCAGAUGAUGAUCAUGAUGAUGACAGGAAAAAAAGAAAAAGAAGUAAGGACAAUCACAGUGACAGAAGACGCAGAUCGAAGAGCAGAUCUAAAUCGAGAAGUCGAGACAAAUCCAGAAAUAAAGACAAGCCCAAAAAUCGAGGCAAAUCCAGAAGUCAAGACAAGUCCAAAAACCGAGACAAAUCCAGAAGUCGAGACAGGUCCAAAAAUCGAGAUAAAUCCGGAAGUCGAGACAGGUCUAGAAGUAGAGACAAAUCCAGAAAUCGAGACAGGUCUAGAAGUAGAGACAAGUCCAAAAGUCACAGGGAUAGAGAAAGAGAAGAGAGACAAAGGGAAAGAGAGAAAGAAAGAGAAAAAGAGAAAGAAGAAAAGGAAAAAAGAGAGAAAGAAAGAGACGAGCGUAGGAAGGAACGGGAGAAGGAAAGAGAAAAAGAAAAAGAAGAACGAAAAAAGAGAGAGGAAAUAGAGAGAGGUAGAAAUGUUGCCAAAUUGGAAGAUGAUAGUAGGAGAGGAAGUCGAGAUCGUCGGAGGUCAUCGUCCAGGGGAAAGAGAGAUUCUCCUGAAAUGACAGUGGAAGAAAGAGAUGUGAGAACAGUAUUCUGCAUGCAGCUGUCACCUAGGAUCCGCCCGAGAGAUCUGGAAGAAUUUUUUUCCUCUGUUGGAAAGGUACGAGACGUUCGACUGAUCCUAGAUAACAAGUCCCACAGAUCGAAAGGGAUAGCCUACAUCGAGUUCAGGGACAUCGAGUCCGUUGCUCUUGCAAUAGGAUUGAGUGGCCAGAAACUUCUUGGGGUGCCCAUCAUUGUUCAGAAUGCACAUGCUGAAAGAAACAGACAGGCAAGCACCAACCAGCCAGCCUCUGUUACCAUAGGAGCUGGUGGUUCUUCUCCAAAACCUCCUCCUGUGCCAGAGGGCCCUGGAAGGUUGUAUGUCGGUCUUCUGCAUCCUAACAUCACUGAAGAAAUGCUUUCUGGAUUGUUUGAACCUUUUGGAAAGUUGCUUGAGUUGAAGUUAGUGAAAGACCCAUCAUCAGGCAAGUCAGCUGGAUACGGAUUCAUCACUUAUGCUCUAACUGAAGAUGCCAAGAAAGCAAUGGGACAAUUUAAUGGAUUUCAACUGGCUGGCAAGGCUAUUAAGGUAGGAUUUGUGACAGAGAAGACGACAGAAAUCCUGACAUUCGAUGCCGAGCAUCCAAAACCGACACACUCUACAUCCACUGGUUUCAAUCUGGGACCAACUGAAAGACUGCAACUUAUGGCUAAGCUGGCUGAAGGCACCGGAAUGCAGUUGCCAGCAGCAGCAACCACAGCAAUCAGUGCCAGCAAUCAGGCCGUAACUCCUCCCAUUGCCACACAGUGCUUCAUGCUCUCCAACAUGUUUGACUUGAAAAAGCAAAAUGCAGCAAACUGGAAAGAGGAGUUGCGUGAUGACAUAAUUGAAGAAUGCAAUAAACACGGCGGUCUUAUACACAUGGUCAUUGAUGAGGCAUCGGACACUGGAAAUGUUUACGUCAAGUGUCCAUCUGUGGUCAGCGCUGCAGCUGUUGUCAAUGCUCUGCAUGGAAGGUACUUUGCUGGUCAGGUGAUAACUGCCGCAUACGUGCCAUUGCCGAAUUAUCAUACCUUGUUUCCGGAAUCAAUAACAUCGUCGCAGCUCUUGCAACCGUCGUUGCUGUACAACAAUCAUAUGUAACUCAUCAUAUGUAACUAUAUCUUAUCUUUCUACUUGUCAAUUAUAUUGUUAUGAAAUUAUGAUUAGUAAAUUUUUUAGCCGUUAUAGGAGCUGUAUGGUCUUGUGAUUAAUGAAUGAUAUCCAUUAAAAUAUUUUUCUCUAUAUUAAUUAAUCAUAAUCUACAGCUGAUUGGAGGGAUAUUUGGAAUUAUUGCUUGUCAGUCUGAUUUCUUUGAAGAAUGUAUGUCUUAAUUUUUUUGCUGAUGUUUGAGUUUAGAUGGUUUACGUGCACUUGUGUGUUUGUUUAUAC